CCAUGGUAAUGACGUAUGCGCAUGUGUACAUUGACAGAAGGUACAGCUGUGCUAGCGCGAGCAGAUAGUUAUAUUUCUUGUCUACUGGAGCGUCAAGAGGUGGCCCAAGAGAGCAGUGGUACAGCUGACGUUGAUCUACCUCUGUUAAUAUGCAUCAAGAUGAAGGCCAUGCGGAGCAGACUGAACGGAGCGGGCGGUGGGCUGUGGAAGUACGGCACCAUGCAGGAAAGCGUGGAUAUUGACCUGGACGAGGACUUCUGCAGGCAGCCAGGAUGGUUGGGUCGUCGGACGAGAUUGGAGCGGUAUCUCAUCCUGGCGGCGACGACUGUGAUGUUCAUCGUGGUCGCCCUCGCCAUCUCCCUCGCAGCCGUCAUCUAUGGCUACCAGUCCGGCAUCUUCAAGCAGAACGCAGAGUCCUCAAUGCUCCCCGUUGUCUCAGCAGCUCUCACGCAACCAGACGGACCCUGCGUAUCCAAAGGAUGUGUCACUGCAGCUGCAAGCCUGAUCAAGUCCAUGGAUGAGAGUGUGGACCCUUGUGAAGACUUCUUUGAAUUUGCCUGCGGAGGAUUCCUAAAUUCAACCAUCAUUCCUGAUGACAAAACGACCAUUUCACGCUUCAGUGAAAUCUCAGAUGAGCUUCAGCAGAAGUUGCGAAGCCUGGUGGAGGCAGAAGUAGAUCCCAAUGAACCUGGCUUCUCUCAGAUGGUCAAGAAUCUGUACAAGUCGUGCAUGAAUACUACUAAAAUCAAGGAGCAGGGCCUGGAGCCAUUGAAGAACAUCCUGAGACAGAUGGGAGGAUGGCCUGUGCUGGAGGGCAAUGCCUGGGAUCCCUCGGGCUUCGAGUGGACUCACAACGUCUACAUCAACAGACAACUCGGCUACUCCCUUGACUACAUAUUUGACUUUUCAGUCACAUCCAACAUCAAGAACUCCACAAGUCGUAUAAUUGAUAUCGACCAGCCACCCCUUGGGAUGCCCUCCCGGAAGUAUAUGCUCAAGGGAUUCAACAAUAGUGACGUGCAGGCAUACUACAACUAUCAGAUCAGCAUGGCAGUGCUGCUUGGUGCCGACCGAGCCAGAGCAGAGAGGGAGUUGAAAGAGUCCCUUGAAUUUGAGAUUCAGAUUGCUAAUUAUUCCCUGCCCAAGGAGGAGCGCCGCAAUGCCUCAAAGCUGUACAACAAGAUGACCAUUGGAGAACUUCAGGCCAAGGUGCCAGAGAUCCCAUGGCUGGAAUAUAUCAACAAUGUCCUCACUCCAUUCCAUAGGGUGACUACUGAGGAGCCUGUGGUAGUGAAUGUCCCAGACUAUGUCAAAAAUCUGGGCCAACUUCUCAACAGGACUCCUAAGAGAGUGAUCGCUAACUACAUGCUGUGGCGAGCAGCAGCAGCCUCAGUAGCAUAUCUGUCUGAAGAUGCAAGAAACAUACAGCUUGAGUAUUCAAAAAAACUGGUUGGGAAGGAGACAAGAGAACCUCGCUGGAAAGAAUGUAUGGGUACUAUUUCUCGAAGUCUAUCUCAUGGUGUUGGCUCCAUGUAUGCACGAAAGUUCUUCAAAAAGGAUGCGAAAUUAGCUGCUGAUUCCAUGGUGACCUUCAUUCGUAAUGAAUUUGAGAAAAUCUUGAAAACGCUGGACUGGAUGGAUCCACUCACUCGAAAAAGAGCACUUGCAAAGGCCAAGGCCAUCACGCCUCACAUUGCUUAUCCUCCUGAACUCUUGAUGAAUAACAAGCUGGCUGAGUUGUAUGAUGGGCUGGUAAUUACAGAUGGUGAAUUGCUGGAAAACAUGAGGAACUUGACUAUCUUUGGAACUGACUAUUCUUUCAAGCGUCUACGAGAAAAGGUCGAUAAGAAGGAUUGGAGAAAUCAUGGGGCUGCUGCUGUUGUUAAUGCCUUCUACAGUCCUCUGGAAAACUCAAUACAGUUUCCAGCUGGCAUCCUACAGGGUACAUUCUUUGAGGCUGAUCGACCUAAAUACAUGAACUUUGCGGCCAUUGGCUAUGUCAUAGGACAUGAGAUCACGCAUGGCUUUGAUGAUACAGGUCGGCAGUUUGAUGCAAAUGGAGAUCUGAGAGACUGGUGGGAGAAGGAGACCCAAGAUAGAUUCCUUAAAAAGGCAGAGUGCAUCAUCUAUCAAUAUGGGAACUACUCUGCCCCAGAAGUAAAUCUCAAUCUGAAUGGCAUCAACACCCAGGGAGAGAACAUUGCUGACAAUGGUGGCAUCAAGGAAGCUUAUUUUGCCUAUGAGGAGUGGACGAGGCUUUAUGGAGAAGAGAAGAGGCUUCCUUCCCUCCCUUACUCACCAAAGCAGCUUUUCUGGAUCUCUGCUGCCAAUGUGUGGUGCAGCAAAUAUCGUCCAGAGACACUCAAACUGCGUAUCCUGACAGGGGCUCACUCCCCUGCAAGAUUUAGGGUCAAUGGACCUUUCAGCAAUGUUAAGGAAUUUGCUAAAGACUGGAGAUGCCCUGCUAAGAGUGCAAUGAAUCCUUCUAAAAGGUGCUCUG